CCGGGGCACGCUGGGGCACGGUGGCGGAGAGGGGCCACCGUGGGGCAUCCUGGGAGCUGGGGGCUGGCAGCCCCGCUGCAUUGUGGGAAACAGGCCCUAGUGCCCCGGUGUGUUCUGGGAGCUGAGCCAUAGUGCCCAGAAGCGUCCUGGGAGCCGGUCCUCUCUAUCCCCGUUAAUGGGUUGGUGUGCAGGCCCAGGCUGCUGGCGAGAAGAAGCCCUCCUGCGGGAAGUCGGCUGGGGGGUGGAGUCCAAUCUUGCUAUUUCUAUCACUGGUGGACGUCCCCCCUCGGAACAUCCUCCCCCGACUCCCCCGGUUCCCCCGACUCCCCCGGUUCCCCCGGCUCCCCCAGCUCCCCCAGCUCCCCCAGCUCCCCCGGCCAUGACAGAGACUCGGGAGACUGCUGAGACUGGGGGCUAUGCCAGCAUGGAGGAAGACGAUGAGGAGCUGUCCCCAGGUCCAGAGCACCCUUCCGAUUCAGACUACACCCUCUCGGAGCCUGACUCAGACGAGGAUGAAGAGGAGGAGGAGGAGGAGGAGGAAACAACAGAUGACCCAGAAUAUGAUCCUGGCUACAAGGUGAAGCAGCGUCUUGGUGGGGGGCGAGGGGCGCCCUCUCGGAGGGCCCCUCGGGCUGCCCCACCCCCAGGGCCCCCACCCCAGCCCUGCACCCUGUGUGGCCGCCCACCCCCGGGGGAGGGGGCUGCAGCCCCUGGGGGCCCACCCUGUCGGCUGUGUCGCCCAGCUGCCCCCCAGGCAACACCCGCUGCCCGCGCUGCCGCUCAGCGCCAGGUGGGUGAGGAGGAGGAUGAAGAAGAGGAUGAGGAUGAAGGGGCCACCUCCACUGGAGGUGAUGGGCCCCCUGGGGAUGAGGGGGGUGCUUAUCACUGCACAGAGUGUGAGGAUUCAUUCGACGAUCUUGGGGAGCUGCAUGGCCACUUCAUGCUGCAUGCCCGAGGGGAGGUGUAAGGCUGACCCCUCCUUAGAGGGUGGGUAUAGGGCUGAGAUAAGGGAUCACUGGGGGAUGUGAAACCGCCAAUCAAGUCUUUGUCUUCUGAACAGUAGCUGUGUUAGGGUUCAAAUAAAACCAGAUUUCUGUGUGCAA